AUGAAGGGCAAGGAGGAGCCAGAGAAGGAGGGCGGCGGCGGCGUGGGGCUGCCGGGGGGCGGCGGCGGCGUGGGGCCGGGUCUGGGCGGCCUGGCGGGGGGCGGCAGCCCGGAGAAGAGCCGCAGCGCCCAGGAGUACAAGGAGCAGGGCAACCGGCUCUUCGUCGGCCGCAAGUACCCCGAGGCCGCCGCCUGCUACGGACGGGCCAUCAACCGGAAUCCGUUAGUGGCCGUUUACUACACCAACCGUGCCUUGUGCUACCUGAAGAUGCAGCAACACGACAAAGCCCUGGCCGACUGUAAGCACGCCCUUGAGCUGGACAGCCAGUCGGUGAAGGCCCACUUCUUCUUGGGCCAGUGCCAGAUGGAGAUGGAAAACUACGACGAGGCCAUUGCGAACCUUCAGAGAGCCUACAACUUAGCCAAGGAGCAACGCUUGAACUUUGGGGACGACAUUCCCAGCGCUCUGCGGAUCGCCAAGAAGAAGCGCUGGAACAACAUUGAGGAGAAACGGAUCAACCAGGAAGACGAGUUGCAUUCCUAUCUCACCAAACUCAUCACGGCGGAGAAGGAGAGGGAGUUAGAAGAAUGUCGGCAGGCGCAGAAAGAGGAGAAUACGGAUGAAAACCGGAGCCGGGCGCAGCUGGCAAACAUCGAGACCAAGCAUGAAAAGUAUCUUGGAGACAUGGAUGAACUGUUCUCCCAAGUGGAUGAGAAGCGGAAGAAACGGGACAUCCCUGAUUAUCUGUGUGGGAAGAUCAGCUUCGAACUGAUGCGAGAGCCUUGUAUCACACCCAGCGGGAUCACCUAUGACAGGAAGGACAUAGAAGAGCACCUCCAGCGCGUCGGCCACUUUGACCCCGUGACCCGAAGCCCUUUGACCCAAGACCAGCUGAUCCCAAAUCUUGCCAUGAAGGAGGUGAUAGAUGCUUUCAUAUCGGAAAACGGCUGGGUAGAAGAGUACUGACAAAACGAGGGGAGAGGCCGGCCCUGCCCGCUUGCUCGCCCCCUUGCAGCGGCCCCAGCCGUGGCGGC